AUGUCCCGCCUGCGUGUUACUCUUCGUGUAUCUGAUUUGAAAUCGUUACCAACCUUUCUUGAGAGCUGCCCAAAAUUGAAAUCCCUCAUCUUGGUAUGGAAAGGUAACUCUACGAAGAUGCAUUCCAAUGAUGAUCUGCAUGACCCUGUAAUCCAUUUUUCACCUGUGCCAGAGUGUUUGUUAUCGUCGCUUGAGUUUGUUGAUAUCAAAACCUGCAUCUCGGGACAUGCUCCAGAAAUGAAGGUAGUGGAGUACUUUCUAGGGAAUUCAGAAAUCCUCAAUAAAAUCACUCUACGUUUUAAUUAUUAUUCUGCAAAUGAAAAGUUCUUCUUCAAGAUCCUCCUGGCAAUUCCGAAACGAUCUCCCACGUGUGAAGUUGUCGUACUUUGA